AAUUAUGCAAUCUUAUGCUGCUUGAAUACAUAUUGUGACAUCUUCGUGGUAUAAUAUGGUAACGUCUAUCCUGUUGAUAAACAUUACAGUGGAUAUAUCAAACCAUACUUUCAGCCGUUCCCAAGCAGUACCGCCAGCUCACUUAGGCAGCAACGUCUGCUAUACUCAAGCAGCACAACCAGCUGUAUUCAAGUAGCAUCACCAGCUAUACUCCAUACAUCAUGAGCAGCACCAUGAGCAACGGUACUGACUCCACAUACAGCAGCAACAUGUCCGAUAGCAGUACUGACACCUCAGUCGGGUCCAGUCCAUACCAGUCUGACGAGGAUGUCAUGACGUACUUUAUUGUUGGAGAAGCUGGGGAUACAGAUGACGCUGCGUGUCCUACAACCGAGCGCCAUGUUGGAAAUGAAGUGGAACAACAAACCUCAAGGGCUACACAGACAUUGGCUGAACCAGGGCCAGGUAUCAUCCCCAGUCUUCAGGAAGAAAAUAUCCGACUGAGGAAGAGAAUAGAGGAGCUGGAGUCCUUCGACUGGAUAUCUUUUGCUACUGAGGACAGCGGGUUUUUCAGUGAGGGAAGCAGUCUGGCAUCUUCAAACAGGAGUUCAGUUAUCCGGAGAAGUCAGAAGGCUGAAGUUCACCGUGGUGUCAACAUGAAAGAAGGUUUUAAGAGAUUCUUCGCGUUUGGACAACAAAAACAGAGAGAAGAAGUUGCCCGUCCUAUUGCACUACUGCGUGUGGGAAACAGUAGGGAUGAGCUGAAUCCUGAGGCUGCACGGAGUUUGCCUACACCAGUGACACAGAUGGGCCCAAGAGUGGAUACAGACAUCCAUACUGCCUGCAAGAAGGGUGACCUGGACCGGCUUAGACGCAUCCUAUCUAAGGAUCUGGAAGACGUCAACCGUAGAGGGAAGGACGGACUAACACCUGCAAUGAUAACAGCACGAUUCGGACACAGAAGAAUGGUAGACAUACUUGUGAGUAAAGGUUCUGCAUUGUGUCUUCUUGCCGAUAACAAAAACAACAUCCUUCAUGAGGCCUGUAUUGGAGGACAUGUGGAUAUGGUGAAGUAUGUCCUCUCACAGAAGGUUGCAGACAUCAACAGUAGGGGGCAGUACGGGAGGACAUCCGUGAUGCUGGCAGCAGAGAAGGGGCACAGUGCGGUGUUUGACUCACUUGUGAGAGAAGGAGCUGAUGUAUCAUUAGUGGAUGAUGACGGAGACAACAUCCUUCAUGUGGCCUGUAUUGAAGGACAUGUGGACGUAGUGAAGUAUGUCCUCUCACAGAAGGUUGCAGACAUCAACAGUAGGGGUCAGUACGGGAGGAACCCCGUGAUGCUGGCAGCAGAGAAGGGACAUAGAGCGGUAUUUGACUUACUUGUGAGAGAAGGAGCUGAUGUAUCGUUACUGAAUGAUAACAGAAACAACAUCCUUCAUGAGGCCUGUAUUGGAGGACAUGUUGACAUGGUGAAGUAUGUCCUCUCCCAGAAGGUUCCAGACAUCAACAGUAGAGGUCAGUACGGGAGGACACCAGUGAUGAUGGCGGCAGAGAUGGGACACAGAGAAGUGUUUGACUUACUUGUGAGAGAAGGAGCUGAUGUAUCGUUACUGAAUGAUAACAGAAACAACAUCCUUCAUGAGGCCUGUAUUGGAGGACAUGUUGACAUGGUGAAGUAUGUCCUCUCACAGAAGGUUGCAGACAUCAACAGUAGAGGUCAGUUCGGGAGGACACCCGUGAUGAAGGCAGCAAAGAGGGGACACAGAGAAGUAUUUGAGUUACUUGUGAGUGAAGGAGCUAAUGUAUCAUUAGUGGAUGAUGAUGGAGACAACAUCCUUCAUGUGGCCUGUAUUGAAGGACAUGUUGACAUGUUGAAGUAUGUCCUCCUACUGAAGGUUGCAGACAUCAACAGUAGGGGUCAGUACGGGAGGAACCCCGUGAUGCUGGCAGCAGAGAAGGGACAUAGAGCGGUAUUUGACUUACUUGUGAGAGAAGGAGCUGAUGUAUCGUUACUGAAUGAUAACAGAAACAACAUCCUUCAUGAGGCCUGUAUUGGAGGACAUGUUGACAUGGUGAAGUAUGUCCUCUCCCAGAAGGUUCCAGACAUCAACAGUAGAGGUCAGUACGAGAGGACACCAGUGAUGAUGGCGGCAGAGAUGGGACACAGAGAAAAAGUAGCAGACAUCAACAGUAGGGGUCAGUACGGGAGGACACCCGUGAUGCUGGCAGCAGAGAAGGGAUACCGAGCGGUAUUUGACUCACUUCUCUCACAGAAGGUUGCAGACAUCAACAGUAGGGGGCAGUACGGGAGGACACCCGUGAUGCUGGCAGCAGAGAAGGGAUACCGAGCGGUAUUUGACUCACUUGUGAGAGAAGGAGCUGAUGUAUCAUUAGUGAAUGAUAACGGAAUCAACAUCCUUCAUGUUGCCUGUAUUGGUGGACAUGUUGACAUAGUGAAGUAUGUCCUCUCCCAGAAGGUAGCAGACAUCAACAGUAGGGGUCAGUACGGGAGGACACCCGUGAUGCUGGCAGCAGAAAUGGGACACAGAGAAGUGUUUGACUUACUUGUGAGAGAAGGAGCUGAUUACGGGAGGACACCCGUGAUGAAGGCAGCAGAAAUGGGACACAGAGAAGUGUUUGACUUACUUGUGAAAGAAGGAGCUGAUGUAUCAUUAGUGGAUGAUAACAGAAACAACAUCCUUCAUGUGGCCUGUAUUGAAGGACAUGUGGACAUGGUGAAGUAUGUCCUCUCACAGAAGGUUGCAGACAUCAACAGUCACGGUCAGUACGGGGGGACACCCGUGAUGGUGGCUGCAAAGAGGGGGCACAUAGACGUUUUUGACUUACUUGUGAGAGAAGGAGCUAAUGUAUCAUUAGUGGAUGAUAACAGAGACAACAUCCUUCAUGUGGCCUGUAUUGGAGGGCAUGUGGAUAUGGUGAAGUAUGUCCUCUCACAGAACGUUGCAGACAUCAACAGUCAGGGUCAGUACGGGGGGACACCCGUGAUGGUAGUAGCAGAGAUGGGACACAGAGAAGUUUUUGACGUACUUGUGAAAGAAGGAGCUGAUGUAUCAUUCGUGGAUGAUAACAGAAACAACAUCCUUCAUGUGGCCUGUAUUGGAGGACAUGUGGACAUGGUGAAGUAUGUCCUCUCCCAGAAGGUUGCAGACAUCAACAGUCAGGGUCAGUACGGGAGGACGCCCGUGAUGAUGGCAGCAAAUACGGGACACAGAGAAGUGUUUGACGUACUUGUGAGAGAAGGGGCUGAUGUAUCAUUAGUGGAUGAUAACAGAAACAACAUCCUUCAUCUGACCUGUAUUGGAGGACAUGAGUACAUGGUGAAGAAUGUCCUCUCCCAGAAGGUUGCAGACAUCAACAGUCAGGGACCAUACGGGAGGACACCCGUGAUGGUAGCAGCCGAGAUUGGACACAGAAAAGUUUUUGACGUACUUGUGAGUGAAGGAGCUGAUGUAUCAUUAGUGGAUGAUAACAGAAACAACAUCCUUCAUGUGGCCUGUAUUGGAGGGCAUGUGGACAUGGUGAAGUAUGUCCUCUCACAGAAGGUUGCAGACAUCAACAGUAGGGGUGAGUACGGGAGGACGCCCGUGAUGAUGGCAGCAAAUACGGGACACAGAGAAGUGUUUGACGUACUUGUGAGAGAAGGGGCUGAUGUAUCAUUAGUGGAUGAUAACAGAAACAACAUCCUUCAUGUGACCUGUAUUGGAGGACAUGAGUACAUGGUGAAGUAUGUCCUCUCACAGAAGUUUGCAGACAUCAACAGUCAGGGACCAUACGGGAGGACACCCGUGAUGGUAGCAGCCGAGAUUGGACACAGAAAAGUUUUUGACGUACUUGUGAGUGAAGGAGCUGAUGUAUCAUUAGUGGAUGAUAACAGAAACAACAUCCUUCAUGUGGCCUGUAUUGGAGGGCAUGUUGACAUGGUGAAGUAUGUCCUCUCACUGAAGGUUGCAGACAUCAACAGUCAGUGUCAGUACGGGAGGACACCCGUUAUGAAGGCAGCAAAUAUGGGACACAGAGAAGUGUUUGACGUACUUGUGAGUGAAGGAGCUGAUGUAUCAUUAGUGGAUGAUGACAGAGACAACAUCCUUCAUGUGGCCUGUAUUGGAGGACAUGUGGACAUGGUGAAGUAUGUCCUCUCACAGAAGGUUGCAAACAUCAACAGUAGGGGUCAGUACGGGAGGACACCCGUGAUGGUGGCUGCAAAGAGGGGGCACAGAGAAGUCUUUGACUUACUUGUGAAAGAAGGAGCUGAUGUAUCAUUAGUGGAUGAUGACAGAGACUACCUCCUACAUGUGGCCUGUAUUGGAGGGCAUGUGGAUAUGGUGAAGUAUGUCCUCUCACAGAAGGUUGCAGACAUCAACAGUCAGGGACCGUGCGGGAGGACGCCCGUGAUGGUAGCAGCAGAGAUGGGACACAGAGAAGUUUUUGACGUACUUGUGAAAGAAGGAGCUGAUGUAUCAUUAGUGGAUGAUAACAGAAACAACAUCCUUCAUGUGGCCUGUAUUGGAGGACAUGUGGACAUGGUGAAGUAUGUCCUCUCACAGAAGGUUGCAGAC